GGCGGACUCCGAUUCGUACUCGGAAUCGCCAUCAGCAGCGGCAUCUGGCUGGGGGUAUCGCUUGCGAGCGCAGCACAUCAUUCGGCCAGCAAUUCGCCAAUGCAGAUACUGUAUCUGCGGGCAGCGGCGGCUACUAAAUCGAACACAGCCAAGAGCUAAAAUCCCCAUAUAUACAUACUCGUCGUCCGUCGUCCGUCGCCGUUGUCGUCGUGCUCCACUUGUGCCCAUUGUUGGUUCUGCUGUCACCGUAACUCACAAUUGAAUUGUUCCUUUGUUCUGUCCCGUCCAGUCGGAGACCCGCUGCCGAAUUUCGCAUAAUUGGCUGGCUUUCAAGUUGGCCGCCAGACCAAGUGUCGCCGCCACAAAGAUACAUCUACCGAUUGAUCCUCGAGCCUUUGGAGCUUCUGCUGCAACUGCGUAUUGAGUACUGAGUACUGAGCACUGAGUUAACCAUGCUGGUGCCGCCGGACAUGAUGGCCGCCCAAACGCGCAUGGUCUACCAGAUGAAUCGGUUCUGCGAGGAGAGGGUGCAGGCCAGGAUGUUCAAGACGGCCACCGCCAUACGGGAGAUCUGCAAGAUCGUCCAGGACAUCCUCAAGGAGGUGGAGCUGCAGGAGCCGCGCUUCAUCUCCAGCCUCGUCGAGUGCAAUGGCAGAUUCGAGGGCGUGGAGGUGGUAUCGCCGAAUGAGUUCGAGAUAGUGCUGUAUCUGAAUCAAAUGGGCGUCUUCAACUUCGUGGACGACGGCACCUUGCCGGGCUGUGCGGUCUUGAAGCUGAGCGACGGCCGCAAGCGGUCCAUGUCCUUGUGGGUGGAGUUCAUCACGGCCAGCGGCUACCUGUCCUCGCGGAAGAUACGCGCCCGUUUCCAGACGCUGGUGGCACAGGCCUGCGACAAGAGUGUCUACCGCGACAUGGUCAAGAUGAUGGGCGACACCAGCGAGGUGAAGUUGCGCAUUCGCGAACGAUUCGUGGUGCAGAUCACGCCGGCCUUUAAGUGCUCCGGCAUCUGGCCGAGAUCGGCGGCCCACUGGCCGGUGCCACAUCUGCCGUGGCCACAUCCCAGCAUCGUGGCGGAGGUCAAGACGGAGGGAUUCGAUCUGCUGUCCAAGGAGAGCGUCGUCCUGCAGAACAAGAGCAACAACGCCGCCAGCAUGGAGGGCGAUGCCUGGGUGCUCAGCUUCUUCGAGGCCGAAAACCGCCUGCUGCAAGGUGGCUGUCGCCGGCGCUGCCUGAGCAUGCUGAAGACGCUGCGGGACAGGCAUCUGGAGCUACCAGGCAACCCCAUCAGCGCGUACCACCUGAAGAACCUGCUGCUCUACGAGUGCGAGAAGCAUCCGCGGGACUUUGAGUGGGACGAGAGCUGCAUCGCCGACCGCAUCAACGGCAUCUUCCUGCAGCUGAUAUCCUGCCUGCAGUACCGUCGCUGUCCCCACUACUUCCUGCCCGCCCUGGACAUGUUCAAGGGCAAAUCGCCCAGUGCUUUGGAGCAGGCGGCCAAGCAGGUGUGGCGACUGACCCGCGAGCUCCUUACAAAUGCCAACGCCUUCGAGAAGUUGUAAGGGGUUCCAGGGGUUCGAGGGGUUAGAGUUCACGAUGGGUCGAUAAUGUCGAGGAUAAUGAGGAAUACCUUAUUAUUAGUUGGCACAACACUCUUAGAGUGCUUGGCUAUCGUUGGACUUCUUGUUUUUUUACCCAUUUAUAGUUGUAUAUUUUUCUUAGCUUCUUUUGACUCUGCUCACAUAUGGUUAACUUGCCAAACUUCCAAGUAUCGUAUCGACCCAUCGAAAGUGUGGGAGUGUGGAUGUGCAUGAGAUACAUCUGAAAGAUACUUGUGAAAGAUACAUGUGCGAGUAAGUACGUGCGCGUGGAUACAGCUCCUUGGCGGCCAUUUUGUGCCAUGUCCGUGUGCCUCUGCCUCUGCCUGUCUGUGUGCGUGAGAUUGAGUGUGUGUGUGAGUGUAUGUGUGUGAGUGUCUGUGUGUGAGUGCUGUGUGUGCCAAAGUGUUAAUGCGAAGAUGCGAGAUAAGUCCACUCCCCAUUCGACUUAACUCGACACAACUCGACUCGACUCGAUUCGAGAUAUCUAUCUGCCCAUCCAGGCGUUCCGGCUAAGCCUCGAAUAUUGUUUUUAAUAACUCGUCCCCCGCCCCUUGCCCCCUCCCCUCUCCCCUCACAACGCAUCCUUUGUUUGGAAAGCGAACAAUGGACUCGCCGGUUCGCAAGUCCGGAUGGAAAAAUCGAGAGAUCGAAAAAACUAAAAUCGCAAGAGGAGAAAAGAGGAGAAAAGAGCAUUUGUGCAGGCGGCUCCUUUUACACGGUGGCCAUCCACUCGACGUAUACGAUUGUUUCACAGCUCGCAGAUCCUAGAUCAAAGCAAAACGAAACGAAACACAACAAAAUAUAAUAUAUACUUAUACAUAUAAUGCAAAAAACACAAAAACCUAAAAAAAAGGGAGAGACAGAUUCCAUUGAUUGUUGCAAGUCCAACUUAACAUUGUUUUAUUUUGUAUCUACUACUUAUCGUUUAUAUACACAUGUCGAUGUCUAUUAUGCGAUGCCCAACAUUUACCACGAUUAUCCGCAGUUUGUUUUAAGUAACGACGUAAUCCUAGAUUGCCUA